GAAAAACAAAAAUAAAAACUCGUGCUGUGCGUGCGGUUUCUCCUUAUAUUUCCCUAAAAAGCUACACUUAAAAAUGAAUUUACUACCUAAAAGCCACAAGGAAUUUAGUGAGAAGGAUUAUUGGAAUAAGUUUUUCAAAAAACGUGGCAAUAAAGCUUUUGAAUGGUACGGUGAAUAUCUGGAGCUGUGUUCACACUUGCACAAGUAUAUGAAACAGACUGAUAACAUUCUUAUAACCGGAUGUGGUAACUCAAGUCUCAGUGCUGAUCUCUACGAUGUAGGAUUCACGAACAUUACAAACAUCGACGUCUCAGAAGUCGUCAUAAAGCAGAUGAACAACAUCAAUGCACAGAGAACUAAAAUGAAAUUCCUUUGCAUGGAUGCACUUAAUACUACUUUUCAAAAUGAGGGGUUUAAUGUUGUUUUAGAUAAAGGUACCCUAGAUGCACUGAUGCCCGACGAUUCAAAAGAAACAAAUGAGACCAUAGACAAGUACUUUAAUGAGAUAAAAAGAGUUUUGAAGCUUGGAGGCCGGUUUGUUUGUAUAUCUUUGCUGCAAAGUCACAUCCUAAACAAGUUGCUGGCAACUUUCUGUGAUAAGUCUUGGAUGUUCAGAGUGGUGAGAUGCCAUGAAGCAGAGGAGAAAAAUGCAGAAAACGGAGAUGGAACCACUUUGCCUGUAUUUGUAGUAAUUGCUACAAAGUUUAAAGAAAUGCCACAGCUGAUAGCAGAAGUGUGCCUGGCCGGAGACAAGAUGUUACGCCUGAAGACGGCAGAAGAGCUCCGGGAGUGCAUCAAAUCUGUGCAAGACACGGCGUUUGUAACCAAUGGGCUCGCCAAAACUAGUCUUGAUGACGAAGAGGUGUCCCUGGACCUGAUGCAGCCUGGCAACGAUUCCCCGCGCUACACUCUGUACGUGGUCGACCAGAAGCGAUCGCAGGCCGUCAACAAGUAUGCCGUGUUCAUCGUGCCACAGGGCAGGGAAUCCGACUGGCUCUUCGGCACCCCUCAAGGCCGACGGCAGCUGCAGGACUCGGCGCGUUUCGCGAGGCUGGUCGUCGCUGUAUUGCGUCGUGGCCACACCUUCAGCGACCUUGACGCUGUGAAGGAGGAGCUAGCACAUUCAGCUAAGAUGUUGAUACCACACGGGUUCAGUGGACAGAUCCCGUUCCUCUCCUUGAGUGACGUAGGCAGCCGCGUCACCGUCCACUCCGGCUCUUCCAAACUGUCAGGAGACUACGUGAUAGAAGAUGUGGACAUCGACGGCGCCCCGUACCGCCGACUCGUGUUUAUGGACAACCAGUUUCUAGUACAGAGCGAAGCCAAGUUAAAAUCAAUAAAAAAGAAGAACAAAAGCAAGCUAGUCGUGGACUUCGGUCACAUAUCUCCCUACCACUCCUUCAUGUGUGUGUGCGCGCACCUCAACCCUUCCAAAAUGGCCGUCCUAGGCCUUGGAGGGGGUGGACUCUGCAUGUUUCUAAGGAAAUGCUUCGGGACAGAGGUCACCGCUGUGGAGAUAGACCCAAGCAUGUUGGAGAUUGCGAAGGAUCAUUUUGAGUUGAAGUUGGAUGACGGGAUGAAGGUGGAAAUCAAAGAUGGUCGAUUUUUGAAGGAUGAAGCGGAGAAAGGUGCCCAGUACUCAGUGGUAAUGUCCGAUAUGGACAGCAAAGACCGGACGGUGGGGCUGUCGUGUCCGCCCCGACAGUUCCUUCACGAGGAGCAGCUGGCCAGGGUCAAACAAAUACUUACCAACGACGGCCACUUCAUCCUCAACCUUGUGUGCCGCGACAACGCUCUCCACGACUCCAUACUCCAAACUCUCAAGAAACACUUCGCACAUCUAGUCACCGUGAAACUCUACGAAGAAGUCAACGAAAUUGUCUUCGCAACCAAUGGAGAAGGUUAUUUUAUUGAGAAGUUAGAGGAAGCAGCGAAAGGGUUGAAUGGUCUGGCCAGACAGAAAGGCUUGUGUAGAAUAAAAUGUGUAGAUUUGAAGGACUUUUUGCAGAGUAUCAGUAUAGUUUCAUAGUUCAAUAAUAGAUUGCGCCAGUAGUAUGCAAACUACGUUUAAGAUUUUUUUGUAAAUCAUAUUGUUAUUGUAAAUAUAAGUGUAAUGAAUAAAUAUAAUGCAUUUAAUGCUA